AUGGCCGGCGUCACCGUGCUCAGCGAGCUUCCGCCCGCCUCCCUCUUCACCUUCCCGCCCGACGGCGCCCACAUGGCCAUCCCCCCGCCUCUGCCCGGUUCCAUCGCCGCUGCGCCCCCCGUCGAGAUCCCCGACCACAUCUUCACCGCCGCCCUCGACCCUCGCGUGCCCAUCACCAUCGCCGCCCUCUACGCCGUCACUGUCAAGUUGUUGAACAAGUACAACAAGUCGACCAAGAACAGGCCCUGGGGCAUCAGCAAGACGAAGCCUUUCUUCGCCUUUGUCGUACUGCACAAUGUCUUCCUUGCCGUCUACUCGGCCUGGACCUUCUGGGGCAUGCUGGGCGGCAUGCGGAGGAGCGUCGUGAGCCCCUUCGGCCCCAACGGCCUGGCCGCCACCGCCGACAGCUUCUGUCAGCUCAACGGCAACGGCGGCUUCGGCGCCGCCACCGUCUACAACGAGACCCUCGGCUACUGGUCCAGCUUGGCUGGCAACUCCGCCCUCGGCUUCGACGGACGCCCGAGCCGCACCGCCACCGGUAGAAUCUGGAACGAGGGUCUCGCCUUUUACGGCUGGAUCUUCUACCUGAGCAAGUUCUACGAGGUCCUCGACACCUUCAUCAUCCUCGCCAAGGGCAAGCUCAGCUCCACCCUCCAGACCUACCACCACGCCGGCGCCAUGAUGUGCAUGUGGGCUGGUAUGCGCUACAUGUCUGCCCCGAUCUGGAUGUUCGUCCUGGUCAACUCCUUCAUCCACGCCAUGAUGUACACCUACUACACCAUCACCGCCUUCAACGUCCGCGUCCCUAUGGCCAUCAAGCGAACUCUCACCACCCUCCAGAUCACCCAAUUCCUCGUCGGAGCCACCUACGCCAUGGCGCACUCCUUUGUCUCCUACACGGUCCCCGUGACCGUCUACACCCGCAACAAGGGCGGCGAGGCAGUCACUCAUACCGCCGCCAACGCUGCCGCCGAGACAGCUGCCAAUGCUGCGGCUGGUGCUUUUGAGACGCUCAAGAACAUGGUCUUUGGCGCUUCCUCCAAGGUCGCUGAGGAGGCUGCCACCGCCUCCGCCUCCGUCGCCGCCGCGGUGCCCCAGGACGGUUUCGUCUCUGAGACGGUGUACGUCACGCAGCCCUGCGUCACCACCAGCGGCGAGACCUUUGCCAUCUGGCUCAACGUCCUUUACCUUGCGCCCCUCACCUACCUGUUCGUCAUGUUCUUCAUCCGCAGCUACAUCCGCCGCAGCAACGCCGAGUCCUCCAAGGGCAAGGGCAAGGUCCGCCGUGAUAGCAACGUCACUUUGGCCGAGAAGGCCGGUUGGGAUGCCGCUCGCGAGGUCAACCGCGAGAUCUACAACGGCUCCGCUUCGUACAACGUCGAGGGCAGCCCCAAGCGCGUUGCUAACGGCAAGGCCAAGUAUUAG